AUGAGAGCCGAGAUGGAAGACCGAGGGACAACCUCUGGAGACCGCCGCCCCUUCAGGUCCCGCCCGGGUCCGGGGCGUGCGUCGGUACCUCGAGCGUCUGUGGACGCCGGCGCUCCGCUUUCUGCUUCAGUGUCUCUAGGGUCGCGCUUUCCCACCUUCCACUUGAGCGAGAGUGACGGAGGAACGGCAAGAGCGGCGGCCUCUUCGCCCCCGCCUUCGUGUGCUCGGAGUCGUGCUUCCCCGAGACCUUUAGCUCCCACCCGUUUCAUGAUCCCUUUCGCGCACCUCCUCUUCCUUUUCGCCUUGUUCCCUUUUCCGGGGUCUAGCUUAAGUUUCAACUCUUACGAUGCGUCUCCACCUCCACAGCCCCUCCCGUCCCCCCGAGAGUACUCCACCGAGGAAGCUAAGUUUCCUCCUCCCCCGUACAGCACCGCGCCACAUUCCGCAUAUCCGCUUCCGCCUCCAGUUGCUCCUACGUAUCAUGUGGGCGACUUUGUAGCGCGUGCGCCGCUGCUCGCCCCUGGCGCGACGCCCGCCGACGUCGAGGCUUUCCAGCAAUUCUACCAGGCUGAAGAAACGCCUUUUGACGUUCCCCCCGCUGACCCUGUCGCCCGCCCAGUUGCAGUGCCACGUCGACGAACGUACCCUGUUCAAGACCCGUCAGCGACCCCGCCCGUGCCGAGGCAAGGCACCGGGAACGUGCGAGGAAUCGGAGUGCGUAGACCGUACACAGUGCAUCCGGACACGGCUGUAGCAAUGCAUGAGGUAGAGACUGCCCAUGCUGCAAGGGUGGCUGAGCACCUCUACCCAGCGACUGCGGAGCUCUUCAGCCGGCUCGGCCAGCCUUUCCCUGUGUAUACAGGCCACGAAGACAAACCUUGGUGGCAGGUGCGGGGAACGGGAUACGACUACUCGCCGGAUUUCUACUCAACCACCGAAAGCUUGACCAAUGUGAAGGAAGACGGAGCGCGAAUGGCCAUCGAACUCAUUCAAGGCGCUCUUCGGGGCACUCCCGCGUACCCCGAGCAACAACUGAAGGUUGUGCUUAUUUCCAAGCGCUACUCCGGGGAGGCGUGGGACAUUGCCAGCGAGGCGCUGUUGAUCCCAACUGGACAUAACCCACAACUAGGUCACCUCCUUGUCGCCGUGAUGUUGAACAUCUCCGUCCACGUCCAACGAAGCUGCGUUUCCCACCUUUCGGAACUGGGGCCUCAAGUGGAAGCGCGGCCGCGGGCGGAAGAUCAACGGACUGUCAGACUCGUAAAGAACAGAGAUCUCAACCUCCCCCUGCGCGACUUCGUCGAGCUUCGUCUCAUCUUUGAGCGGGUUUCGAAGAAGGAGACAGCGUGCCUUGCGGAACUGGAGGGUAGACUUGGUCAGGUGAUUCCCAAGCGAAUGUAUCACCAUCUCCCGCGAGUGUCUCUGCAGACGCUGCUCUUGAUUCCUACACCUGACGACCGGCCGCUAGACACGUACGACGCCCCAAGCAGCGACGGCCUCGUCACGUAUAACUUCGUCCAGCCUUUUCGAACGAGUGUGCUGACGCAAAUCGACAUAAGGAGGGACACAGACCUGGCUCUCGGGCAGUUGUCGUCCAUGCUGGUGAAAGCGACACAGCCGGCUACUCAACAGUGCGGGAUCCUCUGGACGCGCUUCACCCCCGCGUAUACGGCCUUGGUUAUGGAUUCUAGUGGGGCCCUCUACCACGUUCCCCUCUCGAAAAAGACGAUCACUCUCCGACAGCUGCUCGCCGUUUCACAAGUCAUCCGGAGCCGGAUCAAUCAAGAGGUUACCGUCACGCUGAACAUUUUCUUCCCUGCGCUGUUAAAAUCAGAGGCGUUGGCGGUCCACCGCUGCCGACCAGAUCUGUGGAAACAGUUAGUACCUAGCUACAUCCCUCUUGGAGGCUACCGACUCACUGUCCUCGUGAACGUCGAGUGUACGGGAGUGAUCAAAGUUCGCUACAAGUAUUUUUCGGACGGAGGCGUCGACUGCACAGACUUUCUGUGCGUCCUACUUGCCUGUCCUGGCCCAAACGCCGAUCGUCAGACUUGGAGGCUGUCGAACAAGAUGUUUGAAAGCAGCGAAUAUGAAUCGAUUGGUCAAGUUUCCACGAGUUCGCAUCGUAAGGCCACACCGCCGCUGCGGCUUUGGUUUGUUGUCGCGUUUGUUGUCGCAAGUAAUCUAGUUUUUGGCUGUCUGUUCUCCGUGGCCUCGUGGGCGAGUGUAGCCCCAGCACGGCCUCCGCCAGGUGUCGCCUUUCCAGGCGGUUUCCCAAACCAGCAUCCAGUCAUUCGGGUAGGUGGAGGAACUUCAAUUUCCAAGCUUCAGCGGCCGCCGGCAAUGGCCAUCGUAGGUCCCCAGUUGCAGGCAGGAGCUCUGAGCCAUCUGGACAAUGUCGCCACACUCUCUUCCACUCUUCUACGAGGAGGCGAUGGGAGCCGCUCAGCCACUGGGCUUCCUGCUCCUAACGGCCAGUCGCCGACCAGUACUAACGCCCCGAUGUACGUUCUUGCUCCGCCGUUGCCGUUUGAGCAAGGGCGGCUGGACCCCGCCCGUAACCACAUGCGCUACUAUGCUGAUUUUCCCUUCUCCGCGAAAGAUGUUCCUCAGUUCGAAGGGAGACUAUCCAGUUCGCCGAUGAUCCAAGCGGGUGACUGGCUAGCCACCAGAGAAAGCAACGUCCAACGGCACUCUUUAAGCGACGAUGCCCCGGCAUUCGAGUUACAUCCGCGAGUGGAGGUGGCGAGGCAAGGAGCCAAGGACGGCCCCAGUGACUUCCGUCAAGGGCGAGAAAACCGGAAAGUUGUCCCUAAGUUGGUUGUGACCACAGUCGCAGGCGAUUCGGAGGAAGGCCCCGGAGGAGCGACAGAGAAUGCGACGACGGACGACACCGCUUUUGCUGCACUCGCCCCUCGUUCGGCUCGAGAGCGUGCAAGGGAUGACAAAAGAAACGAAACAGAACUCACCCUCUCAAGUGACAAGGACGUUGGGCCAACUGUGCACGAUCCUGAGGGCAUUUGGACUUCAAACGACAGAACCGAUCCUUCAUCCGUUGGAGCGAGCCUUGCCUCCGCAGCCAGUGCCUCAGCACGUCAGAACGACAUCGGUGCGUGGACAUGGGUUCGACGUCGAUGCGCCGGGAGUUAG